AUGCAGCUCGGGUUUGACCAAACGGUCGUGCGCGGUCCGUGCAGGCGGCACGGAGCCGUGUCGUGCGUCCUCGCGGGGCAGCACAGCCGGUGCAAGGCCUCGAAGGCGGACUGCGGCUCAGGACCACGAGGAAUCUUCUCUGCCCCGGGGCGCUGGGGCCAGCUCCCCGUCCUUACCGCCGCCGGACGGCCAAGCCCAGGAUCCGCAGGGGAAGGCCCGGACGCGCCCCCCGGUUUGCAGGGCAACAGGGACGUCACGAAGCCGCCGCCAACAAUUGGUUGCCGGGUCUCUGGGGGCGGGGCAGAGGAGGCGGGGCCCGGCGCAGGGUGCCAGAUCAUACACCCGCCCUGGGAAGGGGGCAUCAGGUACAGGGGCCUGACUCGGGACCAGGUGAAGGCGAUCAACUUCCUGCCCGUGGACUAUGAGAUCGAGUACGUGUGCCGGGGGGAGCGCGAGGUGGUGGGGCCCAAGGUCCGCAAGUGCCUGGCCAACGGCUCCUGGACAGACAUGGACACUCCCAGCCGCUGCGUCCGAAUCUGCUCCAAGUCAUACUUGGCCCUGGAAAACGGGAAGGUUUUCCUGACGGGUGGGGACCUCCCCGCUCUGGACGGAGCCCGGGUGGAUUUCCGGUGUGACCCUGACUUCCAUCUGGUGGGCAGCUCCCGCAGCAUCUGUAGUCAGGGCCAGUGGAGUGCUCCCAAGCCCCACUGCCAGGGCACCCUUCCCCCCACCCUCAGAGACGCAGGCUUCUGCUGCACGCGGGCCUCCCGGCAUGGACAGGUGUGGGAGGGGGCUGGGCUCAGGCCGGGGAAGCCGGGCGCCGGUGGUAACUCUUCUCUGAUCCCCGUCUUUCCUGCUGCCAGUGAAUCGAACGCCGCACUCAGGGGGCUGAUAGCUGCAGCUGACUUAGCUUCUUGUCAGACGGAAGUGAAGUCAGAUCAGCUUUCCUACGGCUCCAGCUCACCGGCCCUGUCCAACCGGCAGCGUUUCCCUACGUUCUUUCGAACUCAUCCGUCGGCCACACUCCACAAUCCCACCCGGGUGAAGCUCUUUGAGAAGUGGGGCUGGAGGAAGAUCGCCACCAUCCAGCAGACCACUGAGGUCUUCACCUCGACUCUGGACGACCUAGAGGAACGAGUGAAGGAGGCUGGAAUCGAGAUUACUUUCCGCCAGAGUUUCUUCUCAGAUCCAGCUGUGCCUGUCAAAAACCUUAAGCGCCAGGAUGCCCGGAUCAUCGUGGGACUGUUCUAUGAGACCGAAGCCCGGAAAGUUUUUUGUGAGGUGUACAAGGAGCGGCUUUUCGGGAAGAAGUACGUCUGGUUCCUCAUCGGCUGGUAUGCUGACAAUUGGUUCAAGAUCUACGACCCGUCCAUCAACUGCACAGUGGACGAGAUGACGGAGGCUGUGGAAGGCCACAUCACCACUGAGAUCGUCAUGCUGAACCCGGCCAAUACCCGCAGCAUCUCCAACAUGACAUCCCAGGAGUUUGUGGAGAAGCUGACCAAGCGACUCAAGAGACACCCCGAGGAGACCGGUGGGUUCCAGGAGGCGCCGCUGGCCUACGACGCCAUCUGGGCCUUGGCGCUGGCUCUGAACAAGACGUCUGGAGGGGGUGGCCGUUCGGGGGUGCGCCUGGAGGACUUCAACUAUAACAACCAGACCAUUACUGACCAAAUCUACCGGGCGAUGAACUCCUCGUCCUUCGAGGGCGUCUCUGGCCAUGUGGUCUUCGAUGCCAGUGGCUCCCGGAUGGCCUGGACUCUCAUCGAGCAGCUGCAGGGUGGAAGCUACAAGAAGAUUGGCUACAGUGACAGCACCAAGGAUGACCUUUCCUGGUCCAACGACAAGUGGAUUGGAGGGGCCCCCCCGGCUGACCAGACCCUGGUCAUCAAGACAUUUCGCUUCAUGUCCCAGAAACUCUUCAUCUCCGUCUCUGUUCUGUCCAGCCUGGGCAUUGUCCUGGCUGUGGUCUGUCUGUCUUUUAACAUCUACAACUCUCAUGUCCGGGACUCCCUUGCUGGCCCUCCACACCCCCAUCCCCACCGGCUGUACCCCUGUUCCCUCCCGAGGCUCUGCCCCACACUGCCCUGCUCUCUCGUCCUGUGCCAGGCCCGCCUCUGGCUCCUGGGUCUGGGGUUCAGUCUGGGCUACGGCUCCAUGUUCACUAAGAUCUGGUGGGUGCAUACGGUCUUCACGAAGAAGGAGGAGAAGAAGGAGUGGAGGAAGACGCUGGAGCCCUGGAAGCUGUAUGCCACGGUGGGCUUGCUGGUGGGCAUGGAUGUGGUCACUCUCGCCAUCUGGCAGAUUGUGGACCCCCUGCAUCGAACCAUUGAGACUUUUGCCAAGGAGGAGCCGAAGGAAGACAUUGAUGUGUCCAUCCUGCCCCAGCUGGAGCACUGCAGCUCCAAGAAGAUGAAUACGUGGCUUGGCAUUUUCUAUGGUUACAAGGGGCUGCUACUGCUGCUGGGCAUCUUUCUUGCCUAUGAGACUAAGAGCGUGUCCACCGAGAAGAUCAACGACCACAGGGCUGUGGGCAUGGCCAUCUACAAUGUGGCGGUCCUGUGCCUCAUCACCGCCCCCGUCACCAUGAUCUUGUCCAGUCAGCAGGACGCCGCCUUUGCCUUCGCGUCCCUCGCCAUAGUGUUCUCCUCCUACAUCACUCUGGUGGUACUGUUCGUGCCCAAGGCCAUUUGCACGCACUGCAAGUUCCCCUGCUCCCACAGCGGCUCCUUCUCAGGGAAAGGCAAGAAGCCUGUGCGGAUGCCAGCUCCCCCACCUCCGCGCGCCCCUCCUCCAGGACGCCCCACCGACCUGGUGCACCUGCCAGACCAGGGCCCAAAGGAACCCCCUGUGCAGAUCCAGGGGGGCAGCACCCGCAUCAUCCUGCUGUCAGUGCAGGCCCCCAGGCUGCACGCCCUGAACCUCUCCUUAGAUCUAUGCUUCAGCGCAAGCUGCACCGCCCAGAUGUGGCCCACCUGGGGCGAAUACCACCAGCCUCCUGGGCCGCCCGUUCCUGGGGACCACGGAGUGCGUGGCCACCGCUACGUGGCCGUCCGCUGGCCCCUGCACCAUGCUACCCCUGCCUGA